GCCCCUGGGCGCCUGAGGCAGACCGUCGGCGGCGCGGAGAGAUGGGCCGCUGGCAGUGCCGGGCAGCUGCGCGAUAAGGUGGAGCUCUUCGUGUCAGACCUAGCCGCCCUGAUGGCCGAGGGCGCGGAGUGGGCGGCCGCUAAUGCCAUUGCCAUGGCAAG